AUGGCUAGAGUUGUUUUGUCAACAGCGGAGAUUGACGAAGAUGGAGAAUCGUGGAGGAAGCUUGCACGGCUGUGGGCUAUGGUGGAGAGCUUCCACUUGAGUUUGAUUCAGCGAGUUCAAAGGAGCGAGAAUCGUCCUCGUCUCCUUUUCACGUUCUAUCUCAAAAAUUUCUGGGAGAAAUUCCUCUUCUCGGCUCCUGAAUACGACGAUGAUAAAUCCUCCAGUGUCUUGGCAAGAUACGACAUGACGAUCUCGGAUCUCGACGAUCACCGUCUAUAUAAUCCCACCACUGGACAGAUUAUGAAGGUGCCUGACGAGCAUUUCGUGUGCACUCUGAGUUCAUCUCAGAAACAAGAGUGGAGAAUGAUCGAGAACAGGAUUGAUGGUGAUCUAUACUACAGAGUUGAUCAGUCAAGAAUAGUUAGAUUCGAUGUUAGAGCAGAGAAGAUUGAGAUUUUUAAAACACCCAAAAAGUCGCAUCUCUCGAUAGCAUACAACUCAGCUCUAAUAAAUUACAAUGGUAAAUUGGGACGUUUAGUAGGUUCUUGCACAAACAAUUUGGUGACAUUGUGGGUUCUUGAGGAUGUUGAGAAACGAGAAUGGUCGAGCAUGACGCAUGCCUUACCUUAUCAGUGUGGAUUUAUUCAUAGGGUUUUCGUAGUGUGUGAAUUUGGGAUGCAUGCGGGCGCUAAUAUGAUGUUUCGUCCACCAUUUCGUGUUUGUUAUUAUGAUUUUAAUAAAAGAAAUAGAAAAAAUGGGGAGAUCCGAGGAAUGGAGGAUGGUGAUCUCAGAGGUAUCCAUGGGUUCGGUGUACUAACUGGUUAUACAGGUCACAUUGAGAAUAUUAGGUUCUUGUGA